CCCAAGUGAGAGUUACGACAGACUCGGCUCAUAGUAGGCAACUUCCGACUCGCGAGGAGCGCAACCCAACGCGCUAAACGCCUCGUAUCGAUCGAAAUAUUAACCAAGUAAGGGAACGCUGUGUCCACUCUUUUGAUCAAUAGCAAGGCACACGAGCCCAUCCGGUGCGCGUGAUGAAUUUGCUCGUCACUUCUGUUGCGCAUGUGUUGCAAGCACUCAUCUUUGUCAAUUCGGGGGUCGAUUAUCAAAGAUUUGACACCGUCGCUGAAGUGCACAACCUACGACUUGUGGUCAGUUUGUUUUUUAUGAAUACAUCUGCCGAAGUACAGCAGGAGGACAUGUACGGAAUGGCUGAAAUGCCCGAUCUCAUACCGCCGUCAGGUGCACUACAGCCCAGUCCCGUUAUCCCGUACGAUCACGGGCGAACACAGACAAACAGAUCCGCCCCGCGGGGAAUGCUGCGAGCCCCCAAACUUGGACAGAUCGGGCGGUCUAAGAGAGUGGUUAUUGAUGAUGAGGACUUAGACGAUAUCAUAAACAAUAACAGAAGCUUCCCGGUAUCUCAGAGAGUAUCACCUGUUGCCUGAUGCAUGGCUGACUCUGCCUAAGCUGUUAAGAGGCCAAAACAACAGACCUACAGGCCUACAGAAUUUAAAUGGACUAUUCUCUCCCACUCUCUCAUGUUCUCCCUUGCCUUCACUUUACAGCCUUCAAAGCUUUCACUGCUUCAGGUCAUACAAAAGUACUGGUGACUUUGCUUCAUGUCCUCUUUACGCUUGCCCAUCACUUGGCUGAUGUCGUGCUUCUGUGGCACUGAAUGCACCCGUCCUGGUUACCUCCCGCUCAGACAUUUCUUUCUACAAUGUGAAGAUCUUGAUGGUCUCUGAUGCGACAGGGCUAUAUCAUUAAACUUGCACUUUACUGCAGAUAAAGAAAAAUGAAUCUAACCAAAGCCAAGGUUGGAUUAUUCAUCUCCUAAAGAGGACUUUUUCCUGUGAAACUCUGUUAAUGUGUAAUGCCAUUUAGUAAGACCUGUGGUUACCUUGGUAACUGGGGUCUGCUCGAAAUCGUCUCAGAAACACUGCGAAUGAUAUCAGUUAAUUGGUGAUAGUAAGGUGAUGUUCUUAAUCAGUCUGUUUGUAUGAGCCUUUUACCUUCGGUUUCAAAUGAAAUGAGUACAGUCAUAAAAAUGCAUACUGACUGAGGUGAACAAUCAAAACAACUAAAUUGAUCUGUGAUGCUGGUCAUAUUGUGCAUGGCUCUAAAAAUAGUUUUUGACUUUUAGAUGUUUGCAUGGAAAUGUAUGGAUUUUUGUAGACUGGAUUUUUUGUUUUUGGGGAAUUGCAGUGGGGGGGUGAAAUAAAAUAUGCAUGAGCAAC